GCGAGAGUAAAAUAGGUUGACUUGUAUAUUCUGCGCACGGGAGCCAGGUACCAUGUCUGCGUUCCCUGCCUUAAUCGUAAUCCUCUAUUUAGUGCUCGCGAUCAAAGCAGAAUUCAUUUUAGAAGACGACGAAUUUUCUUUUAGGAAUUUCCUUCCAAGCUUUCCCGAUCGAAAUUUCGUGAAGACCGGGGCAGUCCUAUCAGAGAAAAGCUCUAAAGAUUUCAGUAAUUGUCACAUCGCCUGCCUUGAUAAUGUCGAGUGUUUUGCCGUGAACUUCAUUCAAGAAAAUUCGAAAGACCCUCUCUGUCAGCUGUUGAACGAUGGGAACUCGGACUAUGAGGACUAUCUUGAAGAAAAAGAAGGCGGCUCCUACUCACGCGUUAAGACCGCCUGUGAGCCUAAUCCCUGCCUGUAUGGCUCUGUUUGUUCACCAAGCGCAGAUGGGCGUAACUUCUCGUGCAACUUUACAAGUCCUGCGCACUUUGGGCGGUACUGUCAGGGUCGUAUUUGUGCAGACUUUGAUUUUGAGGACGGUAAUCUAACGGGAUGGAUUCAAGAAGGCACUGCUUUCAGAAACCAACCAACUUAUGGUGAUAAUUCCGAUGCACGAGGCAAACCAUCCAAACUCCAUGGCAACUGGUAUAUCGGGACAUUCGAGAAUCGACCAAGCCCUUUGUACCCAGUAGGUGGCCAACAAGGCGAUGCGCCAACCGGAAAACUGACGUCACCGCCGUUCGUCAUUCAAGGUCCAACUCUCAAGUUUCUGAUUGGAGGCGGGGAAAGCAACACAAGUGUUGAGCGUGCGGAGCUUCUGAUUGGUGGAAUCGUCGUUGUCAGUGAGACGACCGACACUCAAAAUGAAGGAAUGAUCGAGAAGAGCUGGAACGUGAGUGAGCUCAUCGGCAAGACAGCACGCCUUCGAGUUGUGGAUGAUGGAGAUGGGUGGUGGCAUCACAUCAACUUUGAUUAUUUUCGUGACGAGACUUGUGCCGGUCCUUAGAGAACCGCUCACAAAACAUUGUUGGGACAAAAACUGCAUUUAGCUCUUAGUUACGUAUUCCAUGCAUGUUCUCUUAUGCUUCUGGUUAUUAACUAAACUGAAGAUAUAGUUCCCCUAAUUUCCCAAUGAUUUAUUUUAGAGAGUCACAAUUGGUGACUUUCCAAAGCAGAUCUGACUUCUCGAAACGCAUGAUAUUUGCAAGUAGGUUGGUGGGUGUUGCAUUUAAUAGGUUGCUUAUACUAUUAUGGUAUGUUAUGAAGUGGUAUUCGAGUUUUAUUCUUCACCGUAUUCUCAUUAUAACCACAUGAAAUAAGUGAAGUGAAAUACAAAUAAUGGCGCUUUUCCAUGAAAAAUAGAAAGUUGCAAAUAACAAUUUGCUUUUAAUCAAUUUAAUCAGCAAAUUUUCUAGUUAAUGUAAACUAUUUUUUAUGUAAUAGGUAAGAACUGCACCCCUUUCGGGAAUUUUGUUGUAAAAUAAAAAGGUUGUAAGAUAUUUAAAUAAAAAAACACCCA